CAAGAUGGCCGCCCGCUUGUUAUCCAGGCUCAGUAACUUUUCAAUAGUUCCAGUUCGUGGGAGUAAGUGUAGAUGUAAUAGGUUUAUGUCCUCCGCCAUGCACCUUGGGGAUACCAGUUUGCAAGAACAUCUCAUUAAGAGGAUCAAGGCUACAGGACCAUUGACAGUUGCUGCCUUCAUGCAAGAAGUUUUAACUAAUCCAUUGUCUGGUUACUAUAUGACCAGUGAUGUAUUUGGUCAAGCUGGAGAUUUUACUACUUCACCAGAAAUCAGUCAGGUCUUUGGAGAGCUUGUAGGUGUGUGGUUUGUAAACCAAUGGAUAUUGUCUGGAAAGAAUAAUGUUAAUUUUGUUGAGCUGGGACCUGGCAGAGGCACUCUAGCUUCAGAUAUAUUGAGGGUAUUUGGCAAGUUUCCAGAACUUCAUAGCAAACUUAGUUUGCAUCUGGUAGAAGUCAGUCCAGCCUUGAGUGAAAUUCAAGAAAAGAUUCUUACUGUAAAUCACAGAUAUGACCAGGAAAAACAGAAUGUUACAGAUAGGGAGGAUGGAUCGGACUUGUGUUACAAAAAGUGUGUCACUCGGAGUGGUACCCCAGUGUCAUGGUACAGAGGAAUUCAAGACAUUGCUUCUAAUGGAAACUGUAUUUUCAUUGCUCAUGAAUUCUUUGAUGCCCUUCCAGUCCAUCAGUUCCAGAAAACAGAUCAUGGUUGGAGAGAAGUUCUUGUUGAUAUUUCACCAGAAAAAGAGUCCUCAGAGCUGAGGUUUGUCUUAGCCCCUACACCCACCAUAGCCUCACAGAUUUUAGUGCCUCAAGGCACCUCUGCAAACCAGAUUGAGGUGUGCCCUCAGGGUGGUAUCAUUGUGGAACAUAUGAGUGAAGCCAUAGCUGCACAUGGUGGGUGCGCUUUAAUUGUGGAUUAUGGAGAGGAUGGCAGCCAAAGGCACACACUGAGGUCCUUCAAGAAGCAUAGGUUACAUGAUGUUUUAGAGGAUCUUGGAAAUGCAGAUGUCACUGCCAAUGUUGACUUCUCGUACCUUAGAAAGGCUACCCAUGGGAAAGUUCAAACAUUUGGACCAGUAACGCAAAGUUCCUUUCUUCAAAAAAUGGGAAUUGAUAUGAGAAUGAAGGUCCUUCUGCAAAAUGCCAGCUCCUCACAGGCUGAGCAGCUUCAAAGCGGUUACAAAAUGUUGACAAGCCCCUCAGAGAUGGGAGAAAAAUUCAAGUUCUUCAGCCUUGUUCAACACGGACUUCCUGAACCAGCAGCUUUCAGAUGACAUCAGCAGCGGUCCCUUAGGUGGAAUUCAGUUGACAGUGAGCUAAACACUGUUCUGUGGUAUAACGAGCUGUAGAUGUCACAGGGAAGCCAAGAAAGUCAGUGGUUUGGUUGAUGAGCGUUGGUUCGUGAGAGGAGUAUUCAUCGAAUCUGCUUCUUACGCGGCUGGUCGUCUUCUUAUUGUCAGCAGGAGUCUAUAUGGACACCUAGACUCCGACAAUGUUAUCACUUAAGUGGAAGGAAAACGAACGAUAAAAUCAUCUUGUUAGAACCA